AUGCUUAAAUUUCAAAAACCUUAAACUUGCCAAAAGCAUUUUAUCAGCUAGAUAAUUGAACGCUUUGAUUUUUUUGGAAUGCUUCCAUAAUUUAGAAUUUUGAAGAGACAAAAGUUCUCAACUCCUUUAGGACAAAUUCUUACUUUGAUCAUAUGCUCAGCCUAUAUUUAUUACAUUAUACAUGAAAUAUUAGAUUUGACUAAUAGAUAUAAUCCUAGAGUAGUAUUUUCGGAAUUCUAACCCUCUAAUACUUCUGUAAGAAUCAUAAAUAUAAUCAGCCCAUGUAUUUAAGUAAAAAUAACUUUACAUUUGCGGUAACAAUAGCAAAUCUGCAAUUAAGUUCAUUGUAAACUUUAAACAAAUAUUUUACUUUGAGUGCUCAAAAUUGUUUAAGAAAGCGAACAUUAAAUGAAGAAGGAAUAGUUUAGAUAGAUUAUAAGUAAGGUACUUUUAAUGUUAUUUAGCUGUUCAAAUAUUCCUCUUGAACCAUGUCAAAUGGAUCAGCAUUUUUAAGAGUAAUAUUAACAAGAAUAUUUCAAAAAAUUUAAGCUUCAAUUUAUGUAUUGUCCUUCAAUAAAAUAUUGGAAUGAAAAUAAUUUGGUAUUUUAUGCUUUAUAAUCUGUAGCAACUGUAAGGGUAUAGUUAAGAUGAUAGAUUUCAAUUUUUGACAGUAACUUUUAGUAUAUGCAAAAAUUCUACUGAUUAUUAAGGUUGUGCAUCUCUAGAUGAAAUAAAUAGUAAUAUGUAAUCAGGAUUUUUUGUAUAAAAAUAUAUUUAACAUUUUUAGGCCUUACAUUUAAGUGAUGCAUUAAUUUAAAUGAAUUCUCCAUCAAAACCUUAUGAAGAUGUGAUUUCAAUUUAAUAUACUUAGUUUUCUUUAUCAAAUUCAAAAUCUUUACAUUCAACAUUUAAAGUAACUGAAACCACGACAGAUUAUGGUAUUAUUAGGACAAAUAAUAUUUUGGAUACUGCUUUAUAACAAUCUACUAUAAAAGAAGAAAGCACACCAUAUAAUCAAUAAUUUUUAGUCUAAAAUUCGAUAUUUUUAGAAUAAAGAAGAAGUUAAUACUAAAGAAGUUAUCUUAAACUUUAUACUUUAUUAGGAUAAAUGGGAGGAUUAUGGUAAAUAACUAUUAUUUUUAUAAAUUGUUUAUUCUAUCCAAUUUUAUUUUCUUCCAUGAAUUUAGCUAUGGCAAAUAAGAUUUUUAGAUUUGAAAGCAAAGAAUCACUUGAUUUCGAUAUAUUGUCAGUAGCUAAAUCAGUUCCAAUUAAUAAUCAAUUAAAUAAAAGUGAUAUAAAAGAAUAUUAAGAAGAUGUUCUAAAAUCAGAUAAUAUAUAAGUUAGAAAAUCGUUUGCUGAAUUCUCUAAAACAUAACAUGAAAUAAAAAAGUUUCUAAGAAAAAAAAAGUGUUCAUUAGAUUUUACUUUACUUGAUAAUAUAAAAUUUUAAUUUGGUUGUAAGAAAGAUAAAUAAAGACAAUUAAAAUAUGCAAUGAAUAAAAUAAUUAAUAAAUUAGAUAUAUGUUAAUUGAUUACAAAAUUCAAUGAAUUAGAUAAGUUAAAACAUAUUUUAUUGAAUAAAGAUUAAUUAGCUCUAUUUAAUUAUAUUCCUAAACCUAUGAUACCUUAUGAUAUGUUUGAUGAUAAUUUUGAAAAAAAGAUUAAAGAGUUAGAAUAAAAAUAAGAGUAUAAAUUUAUAUUAGAAAAUGAAAAGCCAGAUGUCCUUAGAUUAGAUGAUGCUUAUGAAGCUUAUUCAAGAGUAAUAAAAAAAUAGGAACUCUCUGCAAUAGAUGAGUCUAUUAUAUAAUUUAUGGAUGAUGAUAUAAAGAGAUUAUUUUCUAGAAUAUACUCUAAUUAAUUGGAAAUGAUUUGCUAAAAUCUAUAAUCAUCAUAAGUUUUUAUGAAAAACAAUACUGAGAGAGUAGAAAUACAAGAUGAACCUCAUAUUUAAUUAGUAUUUGGUAGUAUUACAAGUAGAUAGUAUUGA